AUGAAAUGUAAAGUAUGUGGAUUAUUUGAAUCUGCGUCGAUCGAUGAAUUUAGAUUACAUGGUAUCAAUCAUUGUAUACCAUCGAUUGCUAGAUACUUUGGUGUCACUCAAUUAUACGAUCUUUCAAAUCUACUGGUAGAUCAACAACAACAACAACAACAACAUGACGAUGAUGAAACAAGAAUGGUUGAAGAAGAAGAAGAAGAAGGCACAGUAAAAAAGAGAAAGAGAGAUCAUCUUCAACAUAAUAAUGAUAGCAUAACAACAACAAACAAGAUGAUAGUAGAGAGCAAUAAUAAUUCAAAUGAUCUUCCUAUUGUUCCUCCUCCUCCUCCUCCUCCUCCCCAUCCUCUUCCUACAACAUCCAAUAAUAAUAAUAAUAAUAAUAAUAUUAAUAAUACUUCUACAAGUCUAUUUAAAAGUUUAAUUAAGUCACCAUAUAUUAGACAUACUUUGUUCAAACAUAUAAAUCGGGUAACCGAGUUACCUCAUCUUGGUAUGAUAUCAGAAUAUGCAAUGCCAUGGGACUUUAUCAAACAUAAUCUACCCAACGAAGAUAGUGUAUUGGCAAAGAGAAGAUGGUAUGUCAUUAGUGAUUAUUGUUCACAUCAAGGUGCAAAAUUGGAUACAUUAUUACAUCUAUUGAAAUGGUCACCAGAUUAUGACCCUCAAGAUCAAUACGAAGAUUGUCAACAAAAUCUAUUCUAUAAUGUUGCUUAUGAAGGACAUAGAGAUAUUUUGGAAUACCUUGUCAAAAGGUAUCCAAAUAUCGUUAUGAAUGGAACCCAAGAGGCAUUGGAUGUUGCAGCAAUGAAAGGACAUUUUUCAACAGUCCAACUAUUAUCCUCAAUGAAACAAGUAAAGUGCACCACCUCUGCGAUGGAUAAAGCAGCAUCAGGAGGUAAUUUGAAUAUUGUAAAGUAUCUUUUGGAAAAUCGCACUGAAGGGUGUACUUGUCGUGCCAUUGAUAGUGCAUCAAGAAAUGGUUAUUUGGAUGUAGUCAUAUAUCUUACAGAAAAUGGUAAAGGAUGUACAACUGAUGCUAUUGAAAAUGGACAUUUGGAUAUCGUUAGAUAUAUUGUUUCCAAUAGGAAUGAAAAAUGUACAACGCAAGCAGUUGACGUUGCCAUAGAGAAGAAUUGUAGUUUGGAGAUUAUUAAACUCCUCGAUCAAGAAUGUACAAUUGGUGGUUUGACAAGUGCAAUUUACAACGAUAGAAUGGAUAUUGUUGAAUACCUAUACAAGAAAUUCCCAAAAUCUACUCGUAUGUGGACUAGAAUUACUUUUAACGAAGCUGCCAGCCAUGGUAAAUUAGAUUUUAUAAAGGUUUUUACAACCAAUGCAAUGAAUAAAGCAGCUGCAAAUGGACAUAUUGAUGUUGUUAAAUUUUUACAUGAUUAUCGUACUGAAGGAUGUAGUACAGAUGCGAUGAAUAAAGCAGCACGGAAUGGUCAUAUUGAAAUAGUAAAAUUUCUACAUUUGAAUCGAACAGAAGGGUGUACCCCUGAUGCUAUGGAUGGAGCAGCACAAGAAAAUAAUUUAGAAAUGGUUAAAUGGUUACAUAAAAAUCGUAGUGAAGGUUGCACAGAGUUUGCCAUAUUAUCCUCCAAUUGCAACCCCGAUAUCUACACUUACAUAUUGUCCAACAAAUUAAUACCAAUCGAGUUAAUCAAAAGUGGACGAAUUGCUCAAUUACCAUAUGGUGGAGAUGAAAAGGAAGAUUAUUAUGAAAUAGUUGAUCUAAUCAACAAAUAUUAUUAUGGUGAUAAUGGAACUAAAUAA